AUGGCAUCGCGUUCGGUAUCAAUAAUUAACAAUAUACAACAACAAUAUUUAUUUUAUAGUAGUACUAUUCUUUUGCCUCUUGGAUGUAUUGGUAAUCUAUGCGAAAUUUUUGUUUUUAUGACAUUAAGAUCCUUUCGUGGUAAUCAGUGUACGUUCAUUUUUAUAGUAGAAUCGAUUUCAAAUAUUGGAUUACUUCUUUCGAUUUUUUUACCAUAUUUUGAUACUCGUAUAGAAGGCCGGGACCCAACAAAUGUUUCAGUUGUUUGGUGCAAGCUGCAGGGGCCAAUUCAACAAAUAUUUGGUCUCUGCUCACUUUUUACAAUCUGUUUUCUUACUUUUGAUCAAUACAUGUGUACAAAUCCUCGACCUUAUUGGCGACAAAUUAUUUCAUUAAAAUUUACUCAUCGUUUUAUUUUUUUCAUGAUUUGUUUUGUUAUUCUUCAUAGCAUUCCUUUUUUCAUACUUACUGAACUUCGUCCAACAUCUGGUUGUAAUAUAUUCUCUGCAGCAAUGAAUUCUUAUUAUAAAUAUUUCUAUUAUCCAAUAUUAAGCAGUUCUUUACCACUGGUUAUCACUAUAGUAUUCAGUUUAUUCAGCUAUCGUAACGUUCGUCGAAUUGUACGACGACAAAUACCUAUAGAUCGUCGUCGAUUAGAUCAACAACUUACCGCUAUGGUACUAGCACGUGUAGUUUGUCUUAUUUCGCUUGGUUUACCUUAUAUUUUUUAUAAUCUAUAUCGAGUGACUUUUCGAACAGCAGAAACAAAUCAAGUAGUAUUGGCAGUGACUAAUUUAAUAAAUAGUAUUACAAAUUCAAUGUUAUACAUUAACUUUUCGAUUAACUUUUAUUUGUUCUUAAUUAUAUCAACACGUUUUCGUCGUCAAGUUAAACGCUUUAUUAUCAAAAAAUAUUUGCAUUUCAUCCAUAAAAAACAUUCAAAUAGAAAUCAAGUUGCUCCAAUAAUACCUCAUUUGAUUAUAUCUAAUGUUGAAUCUUUAUAA